AGAGAGGCAGACCCUGAAGUCCUCUCUCGCGCGCGCGCUCCGCCUGCCCUCCCCUUUAUCUCGCCGCCACAUCUGCCUGCUCUCCAGGCAGGGAGGAUGGCUCGCCCGGCGCCCCGCUCCGCCUGAGGGCUCGGCCGCUGGAAACAGGAGCGGAGGAAGAGGAGGAGGGGGAGGGGACCAUGGUGCGGAGCCCCCUCCGGCCCCCCACAACAGCCCAGCCUCUUCCCCGCCAGGCGUGAAGACAGACACAGAGAAAGAAAGACGACUCUAUCCAGUCACUCCAUUUGCUGCCCCCCUCCCUCCCUCCCUCGCCACCCCGCCGCCCCACAAGCCCUUCGCAAAGCCUGGCGUGGAAGAGCCCUGCGGGGAAGGCGCGCCUCCACAGCGGACGAAGGGCAGCCCGGUUUCCGCAGCCAAGAGAGAGAGAGAGCGAGCGAGCGAGCGAGCGAGCGACCAGCCUGCCCACCCAUCUCCCUAUCUUCUCUCCCAACUUUCUGGCAUCAGGAUCAGAGUGGAGGAGAUCAAGGCAGCAUCUGACCCAAAGACUUCUACCAGCAACACUGGAUGAGAAUUCUGCCAUUGCCUAGAGCUCACUAAACUCACCGGCAAUAUGGAUUUCGUAAUGAAGCAAGCCCUAGGCGGGGCUACCAAGGACAUGGGUAAAAUGUUGGGAGGUGAAGAGGAGAAGGACCCCGAUGCCCAGAAGAAGGAAGAAGAGCGGCAAGAAGCUCUGCGUCAGCAAGAGGAAGAGCGCAAAGCAAAGCAUGCCCGUAUGGAGGCAGAACGGGAAAAGGUCCGACAGCAGAUCCGGGAUAAGUAUGGCCUGAAGAAAAAAGAGGAGAAAGAGGCAGAGGAGAAAGCAGCCCUGGAGCAGCCCUGUGAAGGGAGCCUGACACGCCCCAAGAAAGCCAUCCCAGCAGGCUGUGGGGAUGAUGAAGAUGAAGAUGAAGAGAGCAUCCUUGAUACAGUGCUCAAGUACCUGCCCGGUCCACUGCAGGACAUGUUCAAGAAGUAACAGCUAUGCUCACAGCCCCACUCACCCUCCAUGCCCUAGCAACUGCCAACUCAGCACUUGGGCUGGGGCUUAGGAUGGGAAGGGGGAUUUUUCAUUUCCUUUUUUAAAAAAUCAUUUGGUCUUUUUUUCUCCUUUAGGUUCUGUUCUAGGGGAGACCCAGUGACCUGCACACAUGCACGCACACACUCACAUAUCCUUGUGUCCACAGGACCCCUACACAACCAACCCCACUCUCCCCUUGUCCCCAGGAGAAAGAAGCACACCAGGCACAAAACAUGCACCUCAUUUUUGCAUCUCCUCCUCUCCCCCCCCCCCCCCAAACAACCCAUCAGACCAAAAAGAUACCCACUCUCACAUCCUGUGCUCCCUGGAGCCACAAGCUGGGCACUGCCGGGAGCCUGCCUCCCCCCCCCCCCCACCCAGUACACACACACACCUUCCUUUUCCUGGGUGAAGCUGGAGUUCUCUUGUGCCAAAGUGCCAGCAGGAUAUAUGGGGACUUUUUCUUUAAAGACCAAAGAAAGACAAUGGAGUAGGAAACUGGGACCAAAUUCACUGAUGCAACCUCAUGAGGUUCUGGAAAAGGGACCAUGGAAGGCAAGAGGCUUCAAGCCUCUAUAAUUGCCAUGCCCUGUUGCAUAUUCCUAAGCUUGAUGUUGACUGCCAGGGAGGGACGGAGGGACUAUUCCUGCCUAAUGCCUGUGGGUAAAGGGGCCCACACACAUUCCAUUUUUGAAUAAGAAAGUGACCAAUAGGUGCACCCUCCCCCAAUCCUAACUUCCAAGGGCUGUUGGCAUAUAGGAAUGUCUUCUCACAUGUUGAGGAGGAGUUCAUUUCUGGAGGAAAUCAAAUUUGCACCACAAAGACCAUUGCAGAGACAUUCAUGUGCACUAAGCAUUGUAAGGGGGGACCCUAUAACCCCUAUUCUCUCUCCUAUUAAGAUGUAAAAUUAUCUAACACACAUGCAUGUAUACACAGUAGGACAGAUCAAGGUCUCAAAGGCCUAGCUUACAGUUCAGCUUUUCCUCUGGAUUGGACCAGGGCUGGGAGGAAAUCCCUAUCUUUCAAUACCUCUUGGCUCCUUCAUGAAUGCAGGGAAGAAAAAGGAUUGUUGAUGUUGUUUUUCAUUGUAGCUGUCUCAGCCAUCUCAGUUUACUUCUCAGUUGUGGCGAUAUUUUAUCCCAAACUGCCCUGCAGCUGGUACAGCUACAGAUGACAUGCUGUCUCUAGAUCAUACGUCCUCUCAUUCUUCCCUCUUAUCUGCUACUUGAGGGAAAUGAUGUAUUAAAAGUCUGCUCCAUGGAGCAGAGAAUAGGCUCAUAUACUGCCAGAGUGGUUUAUGAGACCCAUGUCUCCACACUAUCUGUUUUAGAUUGAUGACAUCCCAGAGGGUAAUCUUUGAAGAGGUUCAGAGCUGACUUAUGAUCUGAGAGCAGAACAGAUUCAUAGUUUGGUGGGAGCAAACAGUGCUUCCUGGGUUGGGGAACUUCAAUAUUUGUGUCAAAACAAGUGAGUUAAUUUCUGGUGUAUAUUGACCACAAGAUGCUAUAAUAUCCACCUCAACGUAGCAAAGGCUCAGACAUAAAAUUUCAUCUGAGCUGCUUUCUCCCAUGACAUUAGUAUCUUAUUUUCGUGAAGUGUCAGUGUUUUACCAGUCUGAUAAAAUGCCAAGGAUCUCAUUUCUGUAACACACACACACACACACAAACCACAAGCAAAGAUGGCCACAUGCUGACUUAUGUGAAAAUCUUCUACUCUUCCACCUUCUGAAGCCCAAUCCUGUCCCAUGCUGACUUCCAGACUCCCUAUGCACACAGCCAGCACCUCUCCUACCCCAUUUGCUGUACCGUGGUUGCAUUCACCCCCUGCCUGCUACUCUCUGGUCCUUUCUUCAGAUCCACAAAAUAGAGUGACAUGGAGAAGGCCUAUUGCUGGUUGGCCUGCUCUCUGCCCGAUACAGCAGAUUUUGGCCGCCACUGAAAGCCAAGACAUGGGCCCAGUCUUCCAUAGAGAAGUUCUGUGGUUCCCAUUCAUAUGUGUAUCUGUUUAAGGAAGGAAGGCCCCAAACACAUCUCCCUACUUUCCUUCUCCACCCAAUCCCUGGUGUCCUGGUGCCCAAGAGAAUUUGCUUUUGAGUUGGAACUGUAUGAAUUUGGGAGAGCCCCCUGCAUCCAGUGUCCACCCAGCCUUCCAGCCUUCCUUCCUUUCUUCCUUCCCUCCCUAAUAGUUAAAGCCAUAUCAGUUAGACUGCAAUACUAUCAACACUAAAAAAAACAAACCAUGGCAGGCCGUGCACUCUUAUCUCAUAUAGAUGAGCAUCCGAAGGGUGGGGGGCCUCCCCCAUACAAUGAUGCCUGCUUGUCCAUGUCUCUGGCCACCUACUGUGUGGCCCCUCUGUGUUUUUGUGUCAGUGUCUCUGUAACAGGGUAAAUCACCCCAGCGCCUGUCAUCUGUCUUAUUGUCUGUGCUAGUCAUUCACUAGAUGGUCACCGUACGGCCCUGUGGAGCCCAGGGUGUGAGGGAGGGAGACCGGGAGGGGACACAGAAGAGAGCAGGCUGGAGGUGGCAAGGGGCCAAUCUCAGUAGUCAUUGUUUGUCCACACGGCAUUUGCUAUGGCUGCUCAUUGUGUGUAAGUGAUCAUCUCACAUAGUGCAAAGAGUGUAUGGCUGUGACUGCUGACCAGCAGAAAAUGUCAUGCUGGCAGGGGAACUUGGUGCCAAGGCAGAUGCCUUUGCUUGAGCUGGCAGACAUCCAUUGUCUCAACCCUCCUGGAUGCAUGUUGGAAAUUGCAAUAAGUCCACUUCUCACAUGGGGCAAAGGGCUGAUGCUGAAGCCAGCAUCCCACCAUGGGGUGGUACUGCUGAUGCUCUCAGUUUAACAUUUUUGCCACUACAUCUCCACAGUUUGGGGACCCCCAUCCCACAAAGUGGGAUGGCAGGAGUGUCAUUAAGCCGAGUAGCCACAAGGAUUCCACUUUCUUGCCCAUUCUGUAUACAAGCUAAGACUGAAACGGACCUCACCUUGGAGGAACUUCAGCUGACUUGGUCUGGAAAUGGAUAAAACAUAGCUUGGCCCCUUGACAGAUGCAGUGGGGCCUUCCUCCUGUUAUCUUUGCAAAGUGGGAGCCAUGGAGUGCUAAGCUUUUAUCUCCAAUCAUAUGUUGAUGAAAAGCCCUGAGCCCCAGGAGGCAUGUCUGCAUCAUGCUCAUCACCACAGCAGCAUCAACCUCUUGGAGAAAUUGUGGUGGUGAAGAGGAGCCAUUUGGGGACUCAGGCUUCUGGUGUAGCCUUGUGGUUUUGAAAAGUGCUGUGCAACAGCAUUUCCCAAAUCAUACAGAGAGGCGGAGAAGAAUCCCCCUGCGUAGUGCUUCAAAACCAGUGUUAACUAGCAAAGAGGAAGCUGCUUCCAGGCUGAAGCACACAUAUACUUCAAUGUGUAUGACUGUGUCUGAGAGAGAAGAGUGUGUGAGAGAGAUCCAUGAUGUAGUUACCAAAUGAUUAAAACAAGUAUUUCAAAGGCAUAAAACAUCCUUAAAGGGUGAAUAUCGCAAAUUUUCCCCAUAUAACCCUGAAGGGCCUGAGAACAUUUUAAAUUUUAAAAUAAAUUAAAUCGGGGUGCUUUGGUGGCCUCAUAAACCUUAUGUAUGGUUCAUAAGCUACACUCCCACUACCCCAAGUAAAGUAUAUACAUUGGAGAAAUCCAGUCUUCUUCCACCAUCAACUAUAUAAAGGAUAUACUAUAAAUCAUACAUCUUGCUAGCUCCCUUUAAUUCCUCUCUGGUCCUACACAUUUUAAGACCUAGACUCACCUCGAGAAUGUGCUUGUGUCUACUCUAAACAUACCUCUGGUAAUGUAUGAAAAUACACAGAUCCACAGCAACACCCAUUAGUAUUAGUUCAAGCAUAAAUGUGAAGUGUGUGUUUGUGUGUGCAUGUGUCAUGUGUGUGUCUGAGAUAGUGGAGGGAUAUUCACUGUUUCCUUAUGAGCGGGUGCAUUAUCUCUGUGAGUAUGUGGACAUGUGAAGAUGCAAGCAAAGUUGGUGGUGUUAAUGUGACAUGCCAGUACACCCCCUAAGGGGUGAGGAUGCAUGUGUUGGCAUAAAAUGGUGGAAUUGCUUGAAACUCUCCAUUUGCCAGUGUGUCCACUGUGUCUGCACUCUAUUUGUUUACACUUUGCUUCCCCAGCAGGACAUCCAGCAGGGGCUCAAGCACUGGCACAGAGGAACUUAUUCCAGCCUCUGAAGGUAUUCCCAUCCCCUUCCUAAGCUGGUCAGGAACCUUUCCAGGGACCCCUGUGUAGUUCCCAUGUGCAUGGAUUUCCCUUUGUCAGCUUGUCUUAUCACUAAUUUGUAGAGGAGCAAGGGAACCAACUGCCCCGUACAGUAAGUGACUGUGUGAACCAUCCUGCCUUGCUCAUGCCAUUUGCUUUCUAUAGUCGUGUGUCUACCAAGCAAGUCCUCAUCCCACUGCACUUGGGAAGAGCAUCUAUCACUGCGAUGGGGCAGAGUGUGCUAAAGGGGAUCCCCCAGGGAAAGUGGCCGUGCUGACAAAGCAUCCUCUGGGCUUUUCCACCUCCUACCAAGGGGGCUGAAUCACCAAGUGGUGAACUUGGAACCAAGGCUACAGAACGCACCACCUCUUCAGUGGCGGCCCAGCACUCCUUGGUCUUUGAUUUGACCUGGGACCAAGCAGGUUAAAUGCACAGUGGCAGUUCCCCUUUUCCCUGCCUAUGUGGGGUGGAGGAUACAGGUAAAGGGGGUGAUGAAGAUUCAAGGGGCUCCAUCCAUCCACCCUAUGGUGACCAUUCUGCUCUAACUAGUCUUUGAAGAAAUAAUGAAAUAAAUAACUUUGUACAUUG